ACCUGGUCCCUCCUCCCACGAGCUGUCAGAGCAGCUUGUUGCGCGAGCAGCUUUUUGGUAAACUAACUUGAGUUCGGCGUUAAAUUCUAAACCAGUUGCCUGACAAAUCCCGCUUGGCGUGGACCGACAAGAAUGUUCGCCUCGGUUAAACAACAAGCCUUAAUUCCCUUGACUUAACGAGUCAUCUGCCGCAGUUCCCAUCGAGCUCUUUUGCCGUCUGCGUGAUUUGUGGUCCAGAAACGGCGCAGCAGCGGCAGGUCGUGGUAACCAGAUCCUGGACAGAAGAAAGUGCCUUCUCUGACGACGUUCCUACUUGAAGCUGCUCGCCGCUCCCAUCCUUCACUGUAAACAUCGCUGGCUUGGGCUCCAAACAGAUCUCAGUUCCUCAGAAUUGCCAUAGUACACAGAAACCACACACUUUUCCCAUUCACUGACUUUAUUAGAUAUCUUUCCAAGGACAGCCGUUGCCUUUAGAUAUUGUCAAGCUCGAGACCUUUUAAAGACCUGGAGCAUGUUCUUAUUGUCGUGCCAUUGUUGUGCACCUGGGACUAAAUGACUGAUGAACCAGACUGACAGCUUCACUGAUAGCAACCAUCUCUCAUGCGACAGCCAGAAGGGGUCUGAAUGUCACGUCUCUAUUUAAAGGACCUAGUCAACAAACCUCAAAACUAGACACAAAACAACACAGAAAUACGUUUGCUGAAUAUUUUAACCCGAGGCAAGAAUCCCGCAACCGACACCAUAGAGCCUGCAGGUUCCCAAACAGCUAUGGCUUUAAACAUCGCGUCGAUGCGAGACACGAAGUGGCUGACCCUCGAGGUGUGCCGACAGUUUCAGAGAGGGACGUGCUCGCGCAGCGACGAGGAAUGCAAAUUCGCACAUCCGCCCAAGAGCUGCCAGGUGGAGAACGGGCGGGUGAUCGCCUGCUUCGACUCGCUGAAGGGUCGGUGUACGAGAGAAAACUGUAAGUACCUUCACCCACCGGCGCAUCUGAAGACGCAGCUGGAAAUCAACGGACGCAACAACCUCAUCCAGCAGAAGACCGCCGCAGCGAUGCUGGCGCAGCAGAUGCAGUUCAUGAUCCCGGGCACCACCAUGCAACCAGUGCAUACAUUUCCUGUCAGCCAAGGUCUGGGCUCGAACCCUGGAUUGAGUUACGCGCAGUAUCUGACUCCCAUGAGCCACGGCAUGAGUCUGGUCCCCACAGAGAUGCUCCCCAGCACCCCGGUCAUCGUCCCCGGCAGCCCGCCGGUCAGCAUGCAGAGCUCAUCCUCCACACAGAAGCUCCUGCGCACGGACAAACUCGAGGUGUGUCGCGAGUUUCAGCGAGGCAACUGCGCACGCGGCGAGACCGACUGCCGCUUCGCCCAUCCUAGCGAUAGCCCUAUGAUCGACACGAGCGACAACACGGUCACCGUGUGCAUGGACUACAUCAAGAGCCGCUGCUCACGCGAGAAGUGCAAGUACUUCCACCCUCCGGCGCACCUGCAGGCCAAGAUCAAAGCAGCGCAGCAUCAGGCCAACCAGACCGCCGUCGCCGCGCAGGCCGCCGCCGCAGCCAUGACUCAGUCGACUGCCAAAGCAAUGAAGCGACCCCUCGAGGCAUCUGUAGAUCUGGCGUUUCCCCAUGGAGUCCUGCAGCCCCUACCAAAGAGACAGGCGCUAGAAAAGAGUAACGGGGCCAGCACGCUCUUCAACCCCAGUGUCUUGCACUACCAACAGGCUUUGGCCAAUGCACAGCUCCAGCAGCCCACCGCUGCGUUCUUUCCCACAGGGUCAGUUCUGUGCAUGGCUCCUGCUAGCAGCAUUGUACCCAUGAUGUACAGUGCUACGCCUGCUACUGUCUCUGCAGCAACAACUCCUGCCACAAGUGUCCCCUACGCAACAACAGCACCAGCCAAUCAGAUCAUCUUGAAGUAAACCACCGAAGAGGAACAACGGGGUGUCAGGAAGCUGCUUUGAGAAACCCAAAAAGAUCCCCGUGUAAAUACGACCUGCCCUCCUCCCCUUUAGAACUACAGCAACCUGCAUGCUAAAGCGUAACACACAGAACACACAAACACACACCGUAUACCUGUUAAUGCUCGGAAAGGUGACUCAACCGGUUUCUAACUUAAAAAAACGAGACUAGAAAAUAUAUACGAGUAUCUAUAAAUAUAUAUGUAUGUUAAUGUACAGCACGUUUCAUAGAGGCAUAAGUGAGAUUUCAUCCGAAUGAUCGGUCACCCGUCAGAUAAUGUGUAUUUUUCUCCCAUAGUUGUUUUAAAUACAAAUGCACAAUGAGUGAGCGACGAGCGAGGGGACACACACACACACACACACACACACACACACAUGGUUUGCACUGUCAGAAAUAGUGCUUAAUAAUAAGUGCUUGAUUGUCUUGAACGGGAGGACGUCUCCUGCAGAGGAUGUCUUAAACUAAACCCCAUGCACCCUCUAGAGAGGGGAAAUAGGGACUUUGUUUCUUAUUUUAAUUUACAAAAACACAGAAUGUCACACGGCGGACACACAGAAGAUUGUCUACUGGUCAAAAUGCACCUCCCUUCUUGGACUCGAGCUGUCUUUGGAAAGAUGUUAUUCCCAACUCUUCAUCCCCACUGGCCAAAGAAAGGUUUACAAGGACACGAAGCGCACACUGAUUUGAAAACCUGUCAGUGUCGCGAGUGCGAAUGUGGCAAACCGCGUGCCAUGCAACCACGUUUCUGUCUGCGUCUCUCCUAAAGGACUGUGUUUUACUCUUUCCCUUUUUGUUUUAAAUGGACGCUGAAUGAUUUCGAUGUGUCUGUGGAAACACUGGCCAUCAGGGAGUCGACUCUGGCUUCUAUCCCGUGCCAAGGGCUUAUUGAACAUUAAACUGGAGAGCUGCUGUAAACAAACUCACACACGAGACGGACUUCUUCUCCAAAUUGUCUGGGGCCUGUUCGUAGUCCCACUCACACGGUGCCCAGCGAACGGAAACGACGAGGGGGAAACAUUGCAGUAGACGAUCUUUGAGGCGUUGUGAAUGGAGAGCCCUGCGCUCUCGCCGAUAAUCCUGUUUUAUUUGAUAAACAGUAGAAGUGCCUAAAAAAAAUCUAUUUUACACAGCGAGCAUCUUGAGAAGAUGACUUCAUGUGGGGUCUGGGGGUUAUAAAAACAUUCAGAGUGAAGCUCCCGAAAUGAUUUUGGCCAGACGAGUGAUGAAAACAAAACAAAACAACAAAAAAAAGUUUAAAUGCAUUUCAUGCACAUCAUGGUCUGUUUCAUUACACCAUGUCAAUGUUGCUAGAAUCGGUGUGAGACGGCACAGGCAGAAUGUUUGUUUUGUUGUAACGUGUUAGCUUUUAUGCUUUCUUGGAGUAGCUGACAUUGGAAAUGUAAGGAACUUGGAGCUCAAUGUCUGUAACACACGUGAAGUUUUGAGUUUGGUAAAUGAUUGUCAUUGCAGUGUGUUCUUAACCAGUUAUGUGGACUGUCUGUUUAAAGGGACAGUUCAUCCUAAAAUUGGCUGGAAAUAUACUAAACGGAGAUUUAGAUGACUUUGUUUUCUUCAUCAGGUUUGGAGAAUGUAGCAUUGCAUCACUUGCUCACCAAUGGAUGUGAAUGGGUGCCGUCAGAAUGAGAGCUGAUAAAAACAUCACAAUUAUCCACAGCAUCCAGUCCAUCAGUUACCAUCUGGAGAAUUUAAAAGCUGCAUGUUUGUAGGAAACUAACUGAUCAUUAUGGCUUUUUUUUUUUUUUAUUCAAAGUGAAAAAGUGUUCUGGUCGAAUCAGGAGAGAAAUCUGCACAGAUCAAGCAGCGUUUAAACAGCUCCGAACAAAUAUCUGGUGGAUUUUAAUGUGAGGGACAACAGGAGAUGGACUUUUUCACUGGAGGAAGUGUUGUUAUGGACUAUGGGUAAAAAUUAGAAAAAUGUUGGGCAUGAUCGAAAGUUUAUGUGGGGUUUAAAUAUACUGAUCUAAUUUGCAUAUUAUGACAUCAUCAUGGGGCGGCAAUCUUGAAUUUCAUAAUAUUUAGGAAAUAGUAGAUAUUAAAUUAAUGUUUGAACUUGUUUGUAUGUUUGUUUGUUUUUUGUCUUUUUAUCCUCAUUCCAAAUUUUCAGAAAAGAGCUAAUCAACAAUUAAGCAGGAGAAAGUACUAAAUUAUUACUAUACUGUAUAGUAGUAAAAUGCAUGUGAACAUUUGCCUACUUUUUGAUCAGGUCAUCCGUAAUAUUAGGGAAAUAAUAGAUAUUGAAUGGAUGUUUGAAUUUAUUUGCAUGUUUUAUUUUUUUUAAUCCUCAUUACAAAUUAUCAGAAAAGAGGAAACCAACAAUAAAGCAGGAGAAACAGACUGUCUUUAUAAUGGAUUUGGUUCUUCUAAAAACAUUAAGUGAUAGACGGGAGUGGUGUGGAUUAUUGUGAUGUUUUUGUCAGCUGUUUGGACUCUCAUUCUGACGGCACCCAUUCACUGCAGAACAUCCAUUGAUAAGACACUGAUGCAAUGCUACAUUUCUCCAAACCUGAUGAAGAAACAGUCCCCUCGACAUCUCAGAUGGCCUGAGGAUGAGGACAUUUACAGCAAUCUUUUGGGGUGAACUGCUUCUUUAACAAACACAUUUGUCAUUUUCUUACUAUAACAAAUCAUCUAACAUCAUUGUUUAGUUUUUAUUUGGAUGGUGUUUUACCUGGAAUAGCGCGCUCAGCCUUCUUUCCUCCCUGAUUUGUUAUGGGUGAAGCAUGUGUAUCUGCAUUGUGCGAGUGUGUUAGCGAUCCAAUCAGAACCAUCAUGUAUUUUCAUGGUGCUCGAUUAACACAGACAAUCCACGAAGAGACGUUUGGUUUCGCAGGAAUAUGGCACUGGUCUUAGCAUUUUUUUAUUUUAAAUUCAUGUCAAUUUUUUUUUUUCCUUUAGGGAUUUUUUCUCUGUUGUCUCAAAAGUUACAGUUUUAAUGUAAUUUUUGACGUGGAAAGUGAUUUAAAUAUAUUUUAUUGUCAUUCUGUUCAUUCUUUAUUUUGUUUUGUUAAAUGCUAGAACACAGAACAAUGGUGUAACCUAUUUUAAAAAUGAAUGUAAUUUAUUAAGCCGGGCUUAGCUACGUGCAGCGGUCCUCGGCCAAUCAGGAGCCGCUUCUAAAUCUCUCGUUCGGGACGCCGCGUCGUAGCGUAAGCAAGGCUAUAGAAUUGCUUGUGUUAUGUAAAAAUGUUUAUUGUAUAGGUAAUGUUUUACCAAAAAAAAAACUAAAAUGGAAAAAAACGAAAAAAAAAAAAACUCUGUAGUAUCAUAGUUAUUUCAUAAUAAUAUUAAUAAUAUUAAGUUGUUGCUGUGGCAACCUAAAAAGUUGCGAAUACUAAAUUUUGGUAUUUUUGUAAAUUAUGUAAUUGUUAAGUUUUUUUUUUUUCGUUUGUUCUUUUAUUUUUUAUUUUUUUUUAUUGUUUUCCUAGAGCACUGUAAAACAAUAGAGUGUAAAACAGAUAUUGGAACAUUUCCUAUUUUAUGUCGAAAUUAUAUUACCAGGAGAUUUUUCGGUAGCAUUUAACGGCCUCUUCAUUGGUGUAACAUUUUAAGAUAGUAGUAAAUACUCACUGAUACAAUAGUGUGACGUAACUUAAGAAACGACUCUAGUGUUGGGUUAAACCGAGCCCAUUCCCCUUUUAGAUUGACAAAUAAUCUCAAGUACUUGUGAAGAUUGUUUUUUUUAUAUAUUAUUUAUGAACAUUGUCCUGGUUUGUUCAGCAACUUAAAUGAAUUAACGAUUGCACUUUGAUUUCAUGUAACCGUAUGAUGUUCAUUUCUAAAACAGAUGCACAAUGAAUAUGGUAUGGCGACACGAAUCAAUGACGGUUGUUUUAUUGCUUUCAUUAAACCAGAUAACUAAAUAUUCAAUAAGCAUCUUGCAUGGUAUUUUAUGUCAAAUUAAGAAGUUAUUUUCAAUUUAACCUGAGAAAAUAAUAAUAAUUAAAAAAAAAAGAAAUCUAUUGAAUGUUUCUAUCUAUAUUAUUAAAAAAAAAAAAAAAAAACUGCACAUGUGAUGAAAGUAACGGGUGUCCUUAAUUUGGGAUUUCUUACACCCCAGGCGAAAUGUACAAUGAGUUGUGGGACAAAACAAUUGUUGACUGAUUGUGGAAAAGCACUUUGGAAUCAGUUGAUAUACUGAGCAGACACAGCGUAUCCAAACACUUUGCCUUACCUUUAGUCUAUUGUUUAAGCUUUUUGUGUUUCAGAGCUAUUAAUAUGUGCUAGGGUGUCAACAGGUCUACUGAACUUACUUCUCACCUCCAUUUAUGUAUGAAUAUAUGCUAUACCUAUAACUAAUGUAAGAGUUUUUAAUGAUUAUUAUUAUUUCGAAGCAUUGUCACGGAGAGGCCAAAGGGUUUGAAGGUGUUGAUGCUUUUCAGUGCCCUUUCCUGUUUAUGACGAGAUGCCGUUCUCAAGGGAUUGUGGGUAUUUACGCUGUGCUGCUUGACUUUCAUCAGUAAUGCAGUAGCCCAUCCACGCACACACACACACACACACACACACACACACAGAUAAUACGAGAAGAAAAUUAUAAACCAAGCCCUCUUUGGAUAAUAUUAGUUUUCAUGUAACCAUUUUAAAUGUUUUAUUUGUGCAUAUAUAUUAUGUGCUAUUUUAUGUCAUAUAGUCAAAUGUUUCCAGAAAAAUAGUGUAAAAUCUAUUGAGACAAAAUGAAUAAAGGAAGAAAAAAAGGA